UCACGUGUUGUUUCCAGUGUCGACUCUGGAUCACUGUUGGAGUGUUUAUAUUGGCCACAUAUAUAUAAUUUUUUUUUUUACACUUUUCUUUUGUUUGUCGACGUGAGUGGGGGUUCAACAUAUAUAUAAUAUAUAUGUAUAUUUUACCCCAUGUAGGAUAAUACUGUUCUGGGAUCAGCGAUAAACGUAACAUAUUUAGCAGGAAAGAUGGGACUGCAGGUCUAACGGUGGGGGAAAAACAAAACAUUAGACAAAUAAGCAACAGUCUCCUUCCUGCUUCCUUAUAGGUCCAAGCUUUUCAGCUGGACAUUAGCCUACUGUCUAAACAUGGGCUCAAUACUUAGUCGAAGAAUUGCUGGAGUUGAAGACAUCGAUAUUCAAGCCAAUUCCGCUUACAGAUAUCCUCCUAAAUCCGGAAAUUAUUUCACCAGUCACUUUUUUAUGGGAGGCCAGAAAUUUGACACGCCCCAUCCUGAGGGAUAUCUGUUUGGAGAAAACAUGGAUUUGAAUUUUUUAGGAAACAGACCAGUUCAGUUUCCCUAUGUGACCCCUGCACCUCACGAGCCUGUGAAGACCCUGAGGAGUCUAGUGAACAUCAGGAAAGAUUCUUUACGGCUUGUUAGGUACAAAGCGGAAGCUGAAAGCACUGCAGAGGAAACUGGAAAUUCGGGAGUUUUGUACGGUGUGGAGUUUUACUUUGACACUGAUGCCAGAGUGGCCAUCACACUAUACUGCCAGGCUUUUGAGGAGUUUUCUAAUGGAGUGGCAGUCUAUACUCCAAAAACACCAGCUAUGGCAUCUGAGACAGUCUGCUAUAAGAGGGGGAUAAACCAGCAGUUUUCUCUGCCAUCUUUCAAGAUAGAUUUCACUAAAUGGAAACCAGAGGAGCUGAACUUUGACCUGGAUCGAGGUGUUUUCCCUCUGGUGAUUCAUGCAGUCGUGGAUGAUGGAGAUGAUGUCGUUGGACACGCUCAUGUACUUUUAGCAGCGUUUGAAAGGCAUGUUGAUGGCAGUUUUUCAGUGAAGCCUUUGAAGCAGAAGCAAAUUGUUGAUCGCGUCAGCUACCUACUCCAGGAGAUUUAUGGCAUUGAGAAUAAGAACAACCAAGAGACAAAGUCUGUAGAAGACGAAAACAGUGACAACAGCAGCGAGUGUGUGGUGUGCCUGUCAGACCUGCGCGACACACUCAUUCUUCCCUGCAGGCACCUUUGUCUCUGCAAUGCAUGUGCUGACACACUACGUUACCAAGCCAACAACUGCCCUAUCUGCCGACUGCCAUUCAGAGCACUACUACAAAUCCGUGCAGUGAGAAAGAAACCUGCUGGAGUUCUCUCUUCUGUCCCCUUCAGUCCAGUGCUAUCUCAGAGCUCAGACAACACAGAAAAUUCGCAGAACUCGGAGAACAUCCCUCCGGGCUACGAACCCGUGUCCCUGCUGGAGGCCCUGAACGGCGUGCAGCCUGCGUCUCCUGCUCUGCCCUCAGCUCCUCUGUAUGAAGAGGUCCAGUACUCGGGAGAAAUGAGUGACCCACUGACCCUGAGCAUAAAGCAGCAGAGCACCGUGGAGCUCAGUGCAGAUCCAGCAGCUCUGAAAUCCAAACUCAGCAAGUCGCCAGAUGGGUCUACACGCUCCCCCACGUCUGCUAUCCAGGAGGAGGAGGAGGAGGAGACGCAUCUGUCUGAUCCUCAGCCUCGCCCUGUGCGGCCCUACAGUCCAGCUCCCACAGAGGCAACAGUGGAUGGGGUAGAAUCAAACCCAGGAUCCCCGAACACAGGUUCAGAGGACAGGUCUGUGGGGGUGUCUGUGAGCGAGAUCCUGCAGGACUGCCACAGUGCGCGCAGCAGCCUGAGCCGCACUGAGAGCGAUCCCUCAGCAGAUCUGGCACUGCCUGGGUCAUCAGGGUCCGUUGAGAGUCUGAAGAGUCAGAGUACCAGCAGCUCCAUCCAACCUUUGCUCUGCCUCCCCAGCAGCCUGUGCAUCGAGGACGAACUCCUCAGCCCCUAGCAGCACUACGCUCCUGUGUGCCUCUGCAUUAGCCUUUCUGCUUCACUCAAGAGUCUCUUUCUAAGGAUAGUACAAUCACUAAUGUCUCUUAAAAGCUCUUAAGAAACACCAUUGCUCAUUCGAAAAGCUCCAAGUAAUGUCUUUCUGCUGUGAACUACAGAUCUCCCAAACAUUCACAUUCCUUUCAGUUGAAACUUGUGUUUUUUAGUAUCUUCCAAUCAGUCACUGAAGCAGAGGUAUUCGAUUUAUAGUCCCUAAAGGGGCUGGCAAGAGACACUGAUGUUCCUAAACUAAUGAACAAAUAUCUCAUUGCUCUGACACAUCUCUAAUUAUACUAAUGAUUUUUCUUUCUAAGACACUAUUUUUACAGUGAUAGUACAAUCAGGUAUGGUCCAAUCAGUUUCUUUUCGAUCAAUUUUUUUUUUUAAAUGUACUGCAAAGUGAAUGCUAAGUCAAAUCUCCUUCUGCAAGAUGUCCAUCAAAAUAGUCUAUCAGUCAGUCUCUGUCUUUGGUGUUCAAAAGUGUUCAAAAUUGGCGGUUGUAAGGACUUCAUUGAGCUGUUGUUUGACUUAACAUUAAUGGUCUUUUUUUUUUUAAAUUUCCAUAAAGGGUCGGGAUAGACUAGUGACUAAAAUAUUUGUAACGCUUUGAAAUGUGUGUUUUGGUCCUGGGCUAAGUGUAAGCUCUGACUAAAAGCCAGUCUAAUUUGUCAGAGCCAUGGCUUUUUAGUGAUUCACUGCUUCUACACUCUGUACAAUGAAUAUUGUAUAUUUGUAUGUAGUUAAAUCAUUUUAUCAUAAAGUGCUGUACACAAAA